AUGCUGCUGCUGCUGCUCCCUGUGACCUUUCUCCUGCCCCCCGGGGCUCAGGCUGGGGAGAUCAUCGGGGGACGGGAAGCCCGGCCCCACUCCAGACCCUACAUGGCCUUCGUGGAGACAAAGAUGGGGCCAGAGAGCACCAUGUACUGUGGGGGGUUCCUGGUGCGAGAGGAUUUUGUCCUGACCGCUGCACACUGUGAUGAAGAAGGCUCUGGGGAUGCGUCCGCUGUCGUCAUCCUGGGAGCCCACGACCUCAACCAGAAGGAAAGGGCCCAGCAACGGAUCCAGGUACGACGCAAGAUUCCCCAUGAGGACUUCGAUGGGACAACCUUGGAAAAUGACAUCAUGCUGCUCCAGGUAGUGUCCCCUACCACAAGGUCCCGUGCGCUCCAGUAA